GCGCUGGAUGCUGCCACAGACUGCUCGAGCACUCUGGGCUCGCCGAGGGGUCCUCUGAGGUACAGGCGGCGAAGCUACGGCAGCCAGCUGAUGCAGCGCACCUUGCAGCUUGCUGCUUCCACACCGGCGCCAGCGCUGCCUGCGAAGGCACCGACUUUCAAGUCAAUGAGAACGACCCGAACGGACAUGACGCACCCUUGGGAAGACUGCAUUGUGCAGUUUUCGUCACCGGUAUACCUUGUUGAGGAAGAUGAUGGUGAGGUCGUGCUGGACAUCGUGCGUGUUGGGCCCACGGACGAACCAUGUCAAGUAAGUUAUGCCACUCGCGACUGCUCUGCCAAAGCGGACCUUUCUUUCAAGGCCACGGCUGGCACCGUGUAUUAUGAGCCUGGUGAGUUCAGCAAGUCCAUUGCGGUGCCGUUAAUCAGCAACACACGCUGGGACACGCACGUGGAAUUUGCGGUAGAGCUGCUUGAAGACGGUUUAGUGGGUGGUGUGCUCGGGCAUUACCUGCACGAAACACGGGUGAAGAUCAUUGAUGAUGAUACUUUCCCGUCCACCCGCUUCAAAGACCAGGUCCUGGCGCAGGAUUUCGACUCCAUCCCCAGACUGGGCCUGCUCUGGGAGUACAUCUCACGGAAUUUGGGCGAACCUCUGGUUCAACAGGGCACGCGAAAGAUGCUCUUGCUGGCGGUGCUGGACAGACCCUCGGAUGCAAAGGAGAGCUAUGCGACUGAAUCAAAUCUCAGAAGCCUCCGGGGGCCAGGUCUGUUUCUGAUGUUCAAGCUCCUUCUGAACCUCUACAUCUUGCAGUUCGUCUUAAGCCAAAACUUCCCGGAGGAGGAGCUGCUGAUAGUCCAGGAGACCUGUCCGAGUUCCAGUCGCCGUGUGACGUACUAA